UGAGUGAAUUCGUUCCAGACGCGUUACGACGCAUCCUUUAACUCGUUGUCCCUGAAGGUGCCACUAAACAAUACGAAACUGGUUCCCACAUCGACAUAGCAAAGACUAUUCUAACGAAAAGUCGAGGAAUUUUUAGGUUAUGUGCCUAUGAGUUUACGCUCUGCUUGAGUUCUUUGAGCCACCGCAAUGUCGAUUUUGGAGUACUGCAAAGCUUUCACGCUCGGUGGAAAAUCUUCAUGGAGAAACGUGCACACUUGUAACCUGUGUCCGUAUUUUACAACAUCGUUUUUUCUUAUGACGAACCACGUGCGACGACACCGUUCAUCUUUGGAAAAAUUUACGUGCUCAAACGCCAAAAUUGAAUUAUAUUAUUGUAAAGAUUGCGACUUUAAGACAGAAUUAACGAUUGUGUUCAAACAACACUUUAACACCCAUCACGGAAUUAAAAGUGAACGUGGAGAAAAUUCCUGCAUCCAAAACUACGUUUGCGAAAAAUGCGCCUUCGAAACGAAUUUUUCAUUGAAGUGUCUUCAGCAUAAUUUAGCAUGCGUGCAAGACGAAAUACGUUGGUAUUACUGUACAGAAUGUCCCUACAAAGCCAAACUCGACUCCAACUUAAAACACCAUAUCGCAAAUCGACAUUUAGACAAGCGGUAUGCAUGUGACAAGUGUCCGUAUAAAAGUAGGUGGAAGGCAGCUUUUAAAAUCCACGUUAAUAGCAACCACUUAGCCGAUGACGAUGGUGAAUGGUACGAGUGUGAAAAAUGUCCAUUCAAAGCUAGAAUAAAACGUAACUUAAAAAAACACAUCUACUACAUGCACCCGAACGAAGACGAUAUUAAAUGGUACGAAUGCGAAGAGUGUCCCUUUAGAACUAGAUACGAAAGGUAUUUAAAGAAUCACGUGAUUGCGAAACAUCUAGACGCAGACAAAAUUAAGUGGUACGAAUGCGAAAAGUGCCCAUACAAAUCUAAACGGGCUAUGAAUUUAAAAAAUCAUCUAACCUAUCACCACGUAGACGAAGAAAAAGUGAAAUGGUACGAAUGUGAAAAUUGCCCGUACAAAACUAUGCAGCCGUUGUGUUUAAAACGUCACAUAAAGAAACAUUUAGACAAGUGGUACGAAUGCGAAGAGUGUCCGUUUAAAACUAAAUAUAAGUCCUCGUUAGAGAAGCACGUGAACGCUAAACAUUCACUAAAACCGAAAAAAACAAAUCUAAAAAACGAACGUGAUUUGGUUAAAUGGUACAACUGCGAACAGUGUCCGUAUAAAAAUAGAUACUUGAGAACUUUAAAAAACCACAUGAAACUGGCGCAUUUAGACGAACAAGAAGGUGAGUGGUACAAGUGUGACAAAUGUCAGUUUAAAACCAGAUUGAAGUCUAGUUUAAAACCACACAUACGUAAUCGUCACUUAGUAGAUUCAGGAAACCCGAAAUGGUAUGAAUGUGCCGAUUGUUCAUAUAAAAAUGAAAAAGAAUGCAACUUAAAGCGACACAUAAAAAGCCGGCAUUCAGACGUCACGUUGCAUCAAUGCAACUAUUGUCCAUACGCAGGUAAAUCGAAUCGGCGCUUAAACGAACAUAUAAACAACCGCCAUUUGGUUAAAUGGCACAACUGUGACCAGUGUCCGUAUAAAAGUAGAUACGUAAGAACUUUAAAAAACCACACGAAACUGGUCCAUUUAGGUGAAAAAGUGUGUAAAUGGCACAAGUGCGAAAAAUGUCUUUUUAAAACGAGACUAAAAUCUAGUUUAAAACAACACAUACGUAAUUGUCACUUGAACGAGGAAGAUGGUAAAUGGUACCAAUGUGAUGAGUGUCCUUUCACAACUAAAUUUAAACCGGCUUUAAAGGAGCACGUAAACGUUACACAUUCACAAAACCCCGAGUGGUUUAAAUGUGCCAAUUGUUCGUAUAAAAAUAAAAGGAAGGGUUGUUUGAAAUUACACAUAACUAACCACCAUUUAGAUACCAAGUUGUAUCAGUGCAAAUUUUGCCCAUAUACAGCCAAAAUGGGCGAUACUUUAAAAACCCACAUGAACAUCUGCCACGCCGAUGGAAAAGAGGCUAGGUGGUAUAAAUGUGAACAGUGUCCUUACAAAACUAAGAGUCCUACGUGUUUCUAUAAACACAAAAAAAAACACGUGUAGAGAGAGGUGUUGUAGUAUUAAUUUAUGUUUUAAUUUAUUUAAUAAAUGUGAUGCUUGUAAAAAA